GCUCAUUUAUGUCUGAAUACUCUCUCCUGGAAGGUCAAUCUCUGAUCAGUUUUUUUUCACCUGGCUGUUGCUUUCCCCAAAGUACUCAUGCGAGGAUCACUGAAACUAGCUCUUCACCAGGUCACUAUUUUUAUUUUUGAUAUUACUUUUUGAAAAAGUAGAGAUAGAAUAAAAUUGUUACCUUUGGUCAAGGACCGGUCAACACAGACUUAAGACGAAUAGCAAAAGAAUCAAAAGCAAUUUGAAGGAUUUUUAAAAAAAAUAGUAAGUGGCUAGAUUUGGAAUGCACAUUCUGAGGGGUUUGUGGAAGUAGAAUCAGUUAUGUCUUUCAAAAGAUAUUUAAUAAAUAUGUUGGGGUAGAAAGAAUAUAGGCUCGAGAGUGAGAUUAUUAGAAUUGCUUUUGCAAAGAGCUAAUGGGUCAAACUGCAUCUUUGUUAUAAUGUAUGAUUUUAAAAAAAUUUCUGGUCUCUUUGCAUAAUUACUUGAAACAGAGUGAUAUUGUGGCCAAGGUUAGCUAAAUUAUCUCCGACUGUAACAGAUUCCAUUCACCUUAGUUCAUUUCCCAAAAUUUAACACCGCUUCCUUCUUGUUGGACUAGACAUAUUAAUUAAGAUGUUUCCUAUUUGUUUCUCCAAUCCCAGCACUCCUAUAACCUUCUAACCACAAAUUCCAUUUCCUUACUCACUUUUUGACUCAAAAUACAUCUGUUUAAACCAUUUCCUUACUUACAUCUGCAAAACUAUAAUUAGGGACAGAUAAUUGUUUUAGGAAGUUGCGGCUAAAGGAUCCUAUUGUAUGCAUGUAUAAAAUAAAAAUGUAAAACUAAUAUACUCUCUCAACCAACAAGUUAGCUAAGGGAAUUACAUUGCUCUAAUUAACUAUUUUCAUACAGCAGGUAUUAAAUCUUUUAUCUAUUAUCAAGUUCUCCUGUAUUAGUAAAAAAAAAAGGAUUCAUAAAUAACAAACUCAAUAAAGUAGGAAGAUGGCAUCAGUGUCCAAGUCUUGGACGUGCUUGAGAAAAUUUCUACAGGGAAAGGUGCUACCUAAAGUUUCUAUUGAGCUGAUGAAUACAAAGUAGCAUCUUGGUAUGCAUACUUUAUAACACUAAGCAAGUUCUGUGAAUGAAGAAUGGUUCCCAUGGAGAGCAUUGAAAGCCCACACACUUAUGGCUUUGUUGAGGCAUUACAGGUGUAAAUUUUCAGAUCUCAAGGAUUAAUUAAAGCUCUAGGAGUAUACCUGGGGAGAAAUAGAACUACUUCACUUCAGCAUUCCCUAGCUUUGUCCCAAAGGGGCUUACAUUCUCUGAGGAUGGCUUCACUACUUCUUGUUGUACUGCACUUUAUCAAUUUGUGUGGAAAUAUUUCUAGUCAGGAUGCAAUUUGAACAUAAUGUUUUGCCUACUUCAGUCACAUCAUUUGGCCAUGCCCUACCUUACACCCACCAUUCUUGACACUGUAUCCAAAGUUUUCAUCUCUGGACUUGAUUCCUCAAAUUUUUUUUUGAUGAACUCUUAUCUGUAAACUUCUAUUGCUGCAAAUUGUCCGAAAUACAGCUACCUGCACCAAGUCAUUUUUCUAUCACUCUCGUCAUCCAACAUAUUUAAAAUAUUUGUCCUUUUUUUUUAGUAUGGCCUCAUCCUUUUGUCCAGGAGACCUCCUUCAAGCACUUUAUCCUCUCACAUGUUUUAAUCCUGUUACUUGCAUUGUCCUCCCCUCAUCUAGCAUUGGUAACAAAGCCUUGGCUUUAACUUCGGUAAAUCACCUUAAAAUCCUUAUUCUUAAGCUUUCUUUCAUUUCUAAUGCUCCUUAAAUGUUGUGCCUGCUCCUUAUUUUCUUUCUGUAAAAGUAUAUUGAUUUUUACAUUGACAGUAUACAUUCAAAUUUGUGCAUUUAAAUUCUGAAGUAUUUUAUUGAGGACAAUUGAGAUGUAGUUAAAAUGUUUAAUUAUUUACUUGCAGGCAAGAAUGGAUCAUUUUGAGGAAGACCUGACAUGUUCUGUAUGCUACUCCAUCUUUGAAGACCCUCGUGUAUUGCCUUGUUCUCACACUUUUUGCCGAACCUGUUUGGAGAACAUUGUUCAUGAAUCAACAAAUUUUUCCAUUUGGCGACAUCUUCGAAUCCCACUGAAAUGUCCUACUUGUAGAAGUAUUGUGGAACUUCCCCCCGUGGGCAUAAGCUCAUUACCAAUAAACUUUUCACUGAUGGGAAUUAUUGAGAAAUACCAGAAAGAAGAACACCCAAAGACUCCUACCUGUUCAGAGCACUUCAGGCAACCGUUAAACAUGUUUUGUUUGUUUGACCGUAAAUUGGUAUGUGGUUAUUGCUUGACAGUGGGCCAUCAUCAAGGCCAUCCCAUUGAUGAUCUCCAGCAUGCUUAUAAUAAAGAAAAGGAAACAUGUAGCAAACUUGUUGAACAACUGACUGAAAAACACUGGGCUAAAGUAUCCAUUUUCAUUGAACAACUGGAGCACCAGAGAACACAAACGGAACAAACCAUUCAACAAGAUAAAGAAACCGUUAUCCAAUAUUUUGAGAAUCUGCAAAAAAUAGUGGAAAGCAAAAAGCAAGCUUUUCUGGUUACUUUUGAUGAGAUCAGUUUAAGGAUUACCAGUGAGUAUGUUCCAUUAAUUCAGAAAAUGCAAAAACUGAAGGAAGAACAACAUGACCUUCUAACAUUUAGUACAUAUUUAGAAGAUGAAAAGGAUCCUUUGGCUUUCCUUGAGAAAGUUCACCUUUACCGUCAGAGAGUAAAUAAUUUAAUGAAAACUCAGCUUCCUUUUAUUCGGCCACUGAAUAUACAACCACGAGCAGCACAAUUUCUGACAGAGAAAUGGUCAAAAGUCACUGUUGACCAUAUUAAAGAUGCACCAGUCCUGGAAGUGAAACAUUGCUUGGAAAACCACUGGAAUAAAGAUCUUAGUUUAUGUAUUAAACAAAUCAAAGGAUUAUCUCAAAGAUUGCCAGUUUUAACAGUGCUGUUCUUGCUAACUCUUAUGUCAUUGGGUUUUUUGAUGAAAGAUUGUUGUGUUAAUGUGUUAAAUACCACAGUUAUUGAUCUCCCACAGGUGAAGCAGAUGUGUGAUCUAAUGUCAGAAGUUUGUGCUGGGUUUCAUUCCUUAAAGGCUGCAUUGGGACAUUCAGUACAAUCAUUGGUUAAUUUUUUUUGCCAGUUGAUUGUUUCUUUUCCUUGCAUUUAUCAAAUGUGUGGCUUUCAAUUAAGUACUGUAUUUCAGUAUGCUUCAAGCAGUUUACAGAAUUUACUUCCCUCAGAAAGUCAUGAACAAGCUUAACUGAAAUGUGAUUUCCUCCUCAUUGUAUUAAUCAUUCAUUGACUGGUUAGAAUUAAUUUGCCAUUUACACAAUCAAGUAGUCAAUGCUACAUAUUUAAAUAUUUUCUAAAUCAAUGUUUUUAAAGGUAGCAUUAUCCUCAUUUGUUUUAGCUGAGGAAUGAUUGAUGAGAGUAAAUUUGACCACUUUCAAUACACAAUAUUAAUAAAGGGCACUUAAGGUUUAGUAUAGUUCAGAUUGUAGCAUAAACAUGUUAAAACCAUACCCACUAAAAACCAGAAUCAUACUGUGCAUCAUUUGUGUGUAAUUUCCAUAUUCCAUUUAAAGUGAUUACCCUAAUUUCAUGUUGCUAUUUUAUGCAACCUAAACUCUCCUCCAGGUUAGAUUUACACAGCCAGAUGCAGGUAGGUUUGCUGAUCCUUCCAGACUGACUGAAUCUCCUGCAUUAAGAAUAUUUACUGUAAUAUCAGAACAAAUUAGGAAAGUAGCUUUAAUGUACAGGGAAAUGGCACUUUGAAAAGUUAGUGUGCAGGUAACUCAGUUUGAGGACAUGGCAUUUUUCAUUGGGAAAUUCACGUUUUGGCUGCAGCAAUACCCAUCUCAGGAACAAUUCUGAUCAGACAGCAAUCCUGCCCUCCUCUAUUUUUAUAAUAUUUUAUGCAAUACUAAUAUUCCAAGAUUACGCAAGAAUGUUCUGGAAUGGAAAGAGGAUCUCCUGGGCAGUACUUCUAGGAACCUGGAUGACGGAGAGCUUUUAGGAGAAAGUGAGGACUGCAGAUGCUGGAGAUCAGAGCUGAAAAUGUGUUGCUGGAAAAGUGCAGCAGGUC